UUCUUUUUCUUUCGAUGGUAUCAAGUAUGUAAAAAUGUUUGUAUAUUGGGGUUGUUUCAUAAUUUACUAAACUCUCGUGGUGGAUUUGAAAAUUAUAAAAUAGAUCGGUUCAUGGUAUAGAAUAAUUAAAACUCUUGUGGUCACUUUUAGAAAUUCAGUAACACUGAUAAAUCAUAGUAGGGAAAACAAAACAUUGCUUUACUGGAGAAGCAGAACGGCUGAAUCCACCUCUCAAGCCCCGUCGCCGGCGACCACCGCCUAACGGAGAACACAACGAGAUCUUCUCUCAAGAGUAUAAACGUUUUGGGGUUCGACUGAAUAUAUAAACGAAGGAUGGUUAACCUCCAGUAUGGUAGAAGUAUCCUCCGCCAGACUAAGAUUCUAAAAGAUACGACGCUCUUCAAGAACUGUGAUUGUGAACUGCAUCAUCCAUUAUUCUAUGCUGGUCAAGGUGUUAGAUACAGAAAAUUGGAAGUUAUACUUACAACUACUAUAGACAAGCUGGGGAAAGCAGGUGAAACCGUUAAAGUUGCUCCUGGGCAUUUUCGCAACCAUCUGAUGCCCAAGUUGCUUGCAGUCCCAAACAUCGAUAAAUUUGCUUAUCUCAUCAGCGAGCAGAGGAAGCUAUAUCAGCGCAAGGAAGUUGAAGAGGUGAAGGUAGUUCCAAAGACCGAGGAAGACACAAUGAAAGAAUAUCGAACGGCAGCAAGACGACUGGAAAAUGCUAGGCUGGUUUUGAGAAGAUUUAUAAAGAUAGAUACUGAACUGCGUUCACCUGUGGACAAAGAUGAACUUAUAUCCGAGGUGGCAAGACAGCUUGGUGUGCACAUCGAGCCUGAAAACCUUCAAUUAACGUCUCCAUUGUCGACUUUAGGGGAGUUCGAAGUGCCACUUCGACUGCCCAAAUCCCUUCCUUUGCCGGAGGGCAAGGUUCAGUGGACUCUUGAUGUCAAAAUCCGCAAAAAAUGAAACAAGCAAGCUGUUCUGCUAUCCAAAGAUCUUGGUAAAAUCUUUCUAGCAGAAUCGAUUCCAUAUUAUUAUUCAAUCAGGUUCUUGAGGUUCACAAAUUACUUGUUUUUUGAUCGGAAACCUUCAUUGCCGAGACUCUUUGAUGUUGGUUUUUUUAGUUACGGUUUCUUGCUUCUUCUAUAAUAAGCCAGAUGCCCAGUUGCCGUCAUCCUCUUCAUGUAUAAGACCCUUUUCUAGAAUCUACGGACGAAAGAAUACAAAUUCAGUAUAUUCUGCUUUGCAGAAAGCGGGGUCUGAGAGGGAUAAGAUGUACGUAGACUUGAUGUCUAACCCAGAUGUGCAAGCGUAGAAUCUAUGAAGUCAGUAGAAAUGCAUGAGCAAGUCGAAUUUCAGUAUUCAAGUUGGUUUAGUGGGUGACGGUCAUACCCCGAUCCUAUGCCAGCUUGUUUUCUUUUCGAAGAUGUACCUUUUUGUUUAUCGUUGCGGGAUGGUCGUUAUUUUUGGUAGAAGUUUUAUUUUUAGAGUAAAUUUAGUUGCAACGAUGAUCGAAAUUACAAAGAAAUUGUGGGAUUAAGUC